GGUUUUCUGGUCCUCGGCGUAUGGCCUCCUCUGGAAUGCAGGACAAAGUAUAUGUGGAGCAGUUAGUUUGACAGUUUACUACAGAAGAAAUCAGUUUUAACAAAUAGAAGGCUCCAAAUUUUGAAGUUACAGACUCACAGACCAGUUGAUCCACAAUGCCAGAGUACUGUGUGACAGGCGGGACAGGGUUCAUCGCGUCGCACCUGAUCCGGGCAUUGCUGGCUGCCGGCCACACAGUGCGUGCGACGGUGAGGGACCCGGCCGAUGAGGCCAAGGUUGGGUUCCUAUGGGACCUGGAAGGCGCCGACGAGCGGCUGCAGCUGGUGCGUGCCGACCUGCUCGUUAAAGGAAGCUUUGAUGAUGCUGUCAGUGGCGUGGACGGCGUCUUCCACACCGCCUCCCCUGUGGUCGUCGGUUAUGAUGACGGCGAGGAUGCGCAGGCGAAGCUAGUCGACCCCAUUGUCCUCGGCGCCGCCAACGUGCUCCGCUCCUGCGCCCGGGCCACGCCUGCGCCGCCUCGCCGCAUCGUGUUCACCUCCUCCUGCUCCUGUGUCCGCUACUCCUCCCACCACCCGCCCUCGCUGAACGAGACGCACUGGAGCGACACGGGCUACUGCCAGAGCUACGGGCUAUGGUACGCUUACGCCAAGACGGUGGCGGAGAAGGAGGCGUGGCGCCUCGCGAAGCAGCACGGGCUGGACCUCGUGGUGGUGAACCCGUCGUUUGUCGUGGGCCCUGUGCUGGCGCCGGCACCGACGAGCACGGCGCUGGUGGUGUUGGCGCUGCUGAGGGGGGAGCUGGGCAAGUACCCCAACACGACGAUCGGGUUCGUGCACGUGGACGAUGCGGUGCUGGCGCACAUACUGGCCAUGGAGGACGGCAGGGCGAAGGGAAGGCUAGUCUGCUCUGGCGACGUCGCGCACUGGUCGGAGGUGCUCGGGGCGCUCCGGGAGCAGUACCCGCAAUACCCCAUCCCCACAGAGUGUAGCGGGCAGAAGGGCGACGACAGGGCGCACAAGAUGGACACUGGCAAGAUCCUGGCGCUGGGUUUCCCUCCCUUCCUGUCCAUCAGGCAGAUGUUCGACGACUGCAUCAAGAGCUUCCAGGACAAGGGCCUUCUUCCUCUAAUUUGAGAUCCACCGUUGGUCGGUCGCCGUCCCGUACGCCACACAACACAUAGCUGCUAACUGGAGUAUAUUGAGUAAAGAUCUAAUUAAAUGAGUAAACGAUGAUGUGUUCCCUUAGCUAAAAACUCUUUAAUUAUAGUUGUUGAUGACACGUCGUACUUGAGAUAUAAGUAUAGUAACUGUCUCCCUUCCAAAAUAUGAGAUGUAUUUUUAUAUCUCUGAAUUGAACCAUUGUUUGACCAAGAAUUACUGUAUUAACACAUGA